CUAAUGACAAUUCAAUCAAUUCAAAUUAAACGCAAUGUGCAAAAAAUAACAUAAGAAUCCUUAACAAAUCAAUUAAACAAACAAAAUAGAACUCACAUCCUUUCCUCUACAUACUAACACAUUCAUAAAACUACAAAAACAAAAAAUACAAUACACUUCCUCUUCAAUACACAUACCAGCAUAUAAGCAUUCAAAAAAAAACAGGAAAAUUUAAUAAAAAAUUGUUAAUAAUCGAGGCCUUAGAAAAGUUUGCUUUAGACGCACAUUAAAAAAGAAAUUUAAAAAAAAUUAAUUUAAAAUAUAAAGAAAAUUAAAAAAUACAUACAUAUAUAAAAAAAGAUACUAACCUAUUAUAUAUAUAUAUUUAAAUAUUAGAAUAUAAUCUUAAAUCUUCCAUUAGAAUUUUUAAAUUAAUAUAAACAAAAUUUAAAUUUAAAUAAAAACUAAAUAUUAACUUAUUUAUAAAUUUAACAACAAUAAGUUGAAGAAAAAAAAAAUAAAUAAAAGGCUCUCCUCUAAUUUCCCUUCUCUCAAUCUCAAAUCGUGUUGUGAAAAACUCUUUGAGACGACGUAUUUUCAAUAAGAAAAUAAAAUCAAUCGAGCUUUUUAAAAAGACACAUAAACCAGAAAGAAAAACAAUCAAUCACUCAGAUAAGCCACAUUAACACUCACAAGUCACAAAAACAACCACUCACUUACUUAAAAAUUCACAAAAAUCCUUAACCCGUUACAAGGAUAAUUCAGCAAAACAAGGAAAAGGACGUCAAAGCCUACAACUCAACACACUCCGUUCGUCGUCGUUAGCGUCAACGUCGUCGUUGGGUCAACCUUGCACUUUGCCUGCUCUACUUUUCUCGCAUAGACUGGCUCUUACUGUAACUGUUACGUGUUCUUGAAUUUGGCUCGAAUCCAGCUGCUUCGCAUCGGGCCUCCUUUUGGCUUUCGGUGCAUAGUGGGCACUUAACGUUGUCCUUCACGUGAGGGUGUACAUAGUAUACAAAAACUUAUUUGGAAGCAAAACAUCAAUUCAGCGCAUUUAACAAAAAUCAUCUCUGCGAAUGUGCACAGCCCCACUUAGAAGUAUGGUGCUUCUCAACUAAGAAUGGACACCACCGUCGCGCGCCGCCGGAAUAUAACCACAUAAAUAACAAAAGCGUCAUGACCGGAUGUGAGGUGAGUGUUGGGACAGGACAUGCCAGUCAGGUUAACCUGCCGCCACAUAUCAGCAUUCCGAUCUGACUGUGUGCUAAUUUUUGAAAUCACACCAUCAAGGAGUUACGAUGCAGGGUAUGAGUUACCUGCAGGACGACUCUAAACUGGAGGCUUUAACGCAAGCGGCAUUAAUAUGCAUCCUAGGCAUAGCAAUAGUGUUUUCAAAUUUAUUAAUUAUAGCCACGUAUGCUAAUUUUAAGGGUCCUACGGAGGUCAUCAAUUAUUAUCUAUUAUCGUUAGCCGUAGCGGAUUUACUAUGCGGUCUUAUGGUAGUACCGUUCUCGGUGUAUCCAGCACUGUUGGGCGAAUGGAUGUACGGCGACAUUUUGUGCCGAUUCACCGGUUAUCUCGAAGUGACCCUUUGGGCGGUGUCAGUUUAUACGUUUAUGUGGAUAUCGGUCGAUAGAUAUUUAGCUGUAAGAAAACCUCUCCGAUAUGAGACGGUGCAAACGAAAACAAGAUGCCAAUGCUGGAUGGCGUUCACAUGGAUAUCAGCAGCAUUGUUAUGUUGUCCGCCAAUUCUCGGCUACAAUACGCCAAUAUUCCAUCCCGACUCACACAUUUGCAUGCUCGAUUGGGGCAACAUGGCUGCCUACAGUGUAACGCUUUCGAUUUUAAUUUUAGGCCCUAGUGUUAUAUCAAUUGUACACAAUUACGGUUAUAUAUUCGUUAUGAUGCGUAAAUUACGUUCCGGUGAGCCAAUUCACGAUAAAGAAUACGCAACCGCUUUAGCUGAAAAUUUAUCGAAUCCUAGUCAUAUGAUGUCAUUCGCAUUAGUGUUUGCAUUCUGGAUAUCAUGGUUGCCGCUAAUAUCGGUUCGCAUAUACGAGGUGGUAACCGGUCACGUUGUUCAAAAUACUCUCUUGAAUUUCGGCCUCGUUUGGAUUGGUGUAUUGAAUUCCUUUUGGAAAAUAAUCAUCAUGACCGGAAUGUCGCCGCAAUUUCGUAUCGCAUUGAGAGUAUUUUGUUUAACAAUCUGCUGUAAGACUAAGGGCCGUUUGCAAGCUGAACUAAUCGGGUUGGACCCAGAUGACUAGAGUCGCUAGAUUUUCCCUUUUAAUUACCCUAACUGACAAGCCCCUCCUCCGGAAUUGUCCCAUAAUAUAAAUACAAACAAAAAUUUGAAAUGAAAAACAUUGGAUACAAUAUCCUAAUUGGCUGAUUUAGAAUCUUCGGAUUCUAAUUUGUUACUAAAAAAAAGAAAUUUAGCAAAGAUUGGCUAUAAAUUAAAAAAAAAAACAAAAUUUUGCAAAAAAAAGUAACUCAAAAGCUAAGUUGAUACGAAGGUGAGUUGAAGUAGUUGCGAUUCUUUCAAUUUCAAUUUUUAUAUUCCUUAAGUUCUCUCCAUCGAUAAGAACACAGAAUUUUCUCUUUCAAUUUGUAUAAGAAAAAAAAAUCUAUGCCAAAAGUCAGUUAAAUAAAUUCAUAAAAUAGUUGUAAGUUUUAUUAUUUUUGUUAGUUAAACAAUAAGAAGAAUUAAAUUAAAAUGAUAAUUAUUGUGAACAAUAACUAAGUAAAACGACAAAAUCUAUUUUGAUUUUAUUUAAAAAAAAAGUAUAAUAUUUAAUCAUUUCUUUUUUAUUAUUAUUAUUUAAAUUAUAGAAAAAAGGAAAACUUUAGACUUAAUUUAAAAAAAAAAAAACAUAAAAAUCAUAAGAAAACAAGCUUUGAGACUUAAGUAUUAUAAACAAAAAAAAACUAAACAUUUUAACUACAACAUCUAAAAUACAAAUAAACAAAAACAAAAACACUUAAUUACGAAAACAAAAGCUAUUUAAAUAAAAUUAAAACAAAAAAUUCUCAAUAUAUAUAUUUAUAAAUGAAAAAACAAACUAAAACAACAAAACAAAACAAAAAAAACAUUAAAUAUUAAUCUACUAUUUGUUCAAUUUCAAUGAAAUGCAAUUUAGAAAUGUAAACUAUUACUAUUUAACUUCAUAAGAAAGAAAAAUUUAAAUAAAUUUAAUAAAAACAAAUAAAUUAAAACAUUGUAUAGUGCAUUUAAUGUUCAAAUUUUAAAAAUAUAAAACAAAAACAAAAAAAAAAAACUACAUUUUUUAUUUAACAAUUAUUAAACAAUUGGUUUUGAUUUUUUAUAAAAUAAAUCCUUUUUUCUUAAAGAAAAAGACAUAAUUUUAAAUUAUUAAUUAUUUUUAAUUUUUACUGAAUAAGUGCAAUAUUUAUGAUUAGGAUUUUAGUUUAUAAUAAGUGAUAUAUAAAGUCUCUCUCUCUUUCUCUAAAAAUAUUGUAAAUUUUAAUUCACAAAAGCAAAAACCCGGACGUAUUCGCUAUAGAAAAAUAAAUUAAAUAUAAACAAAUUAAAAAAACAGAAAAUUAAGAUGAAUAUUUUGUUGUAGUAUUUAAUUAUAAGAAAGACUAUUAUUAUUAUAUAAUUGUAUAACAAAAAAUCUUGUUAAAUUUUUUAGAAUGAAAUUUAUAAUGAUCUCAAUAUUUAAUUUUAGUUAAAUUUAUUAUAUUUUCUCUUUGAAUGUUAUUGUUUGCGAUUAUUUCUAUAUUGUUUUUUUUUCUAAAUGAUUUAAAUAUAAUAUAAAUUAUUUCAAAUAUA